AUGGCCGACACGGUAGAGGAGACCAAGAACUCCGUUUCUGGAGAGGGACAAGCCGAUGCCAAUGCUUCUCUUGGAGCAAAGGGCAACGCGGAAUCAUCGAGUAAGAAAACCGAAAAGAAGACGCCGAAGAAGUUGGGUGGAAAAAAGCCUCAACAGCAGCCCACUCCUGAAGCCACUCCUGCCCCCGAUAGCGAAGGUGAAGGAGAGGCUGAGCAAGCGGACGCAGGGCGCAAGCAAACCACGACCGGCGAUGCCGAUGACUCGGAACCCGAGCCCCAACAACAAAAGUCCAAAUCGCAAUCAAGGCGCAGGCAAUCUCGCGGCCGUGGUCGACGAGGCGGUGAAUCCGAUGCCGAGUCUGGUGCGCGAUCUGAUGUUUCCGCAUCUGGAGGCCGUCGCAACCGCCAACGCCAGAAGAAGGGCGGAAAGGGAGGAGGUCCCCUUGACGACAUCACAGAGAACGUUCCUGGAGGCGAGCUAGUCGGUGGUGCUGGCGACAUGGUCCAGAACACCGCUGGUAACGCUGUAAACCAAGUCGGCGACACCGCCGGAAAAGCACUUGGCGGUUUGACUGGCGGUGGUGGCGGUGAGGAGGAGGGCGGAAAGGAUGGAGGUGAACAGCUUCGUCUGCGACUUGAACUCAACCUUGACAUUGAGAUUCAAUUGAAGGCGAAGAUUCACGGCGACUUGACGCUAGGAUUGCUCAAUUAAGCGUUUCACGAUUUACCACGAACGGCUUUGUCUAACAUGCGUGCGCGAAGCAUUUUUUGUCCUUUAGUAUUCAGGAUGGCGUUCACGAGGGAUUCUACAUAGUGUAAUCACAUCUGCUGCAAAUAUCAAAUGCGUAGAACUU